GUAGCAAAUAAGCAAUGUUAACAUUGCUUAUUUGCUACGGCUCUAGUAUAAGAAACUAUAGUCACUAUAUGUACAAGAGUGAAUAAGUGACCAGAAUAAAUAAAUCCGAUAAAAUAGAAAAAGGAAUGAAACAAUAAAUAUGACUGUGCACACGUUUAUGGUUAGCAGUGUUUAAAACAGAGAAAAUUCAUACCAUAAAUACAAAUAUACUUGAAAGAUUACUUAAGAUCGUCGACUAGAAAGUCAAACAUUCGCCUAUUUUCUGCACUGAUCCGUAUAGUAUAUAUAAAAUGAGUCUGGCUUUGUAGUGUAAACUGACUCUCGAGGUUGCAUUUCGUUCAGUAUUCAACACUCUAUAAAACUACAUCUGACUUGGCCGGUAAAUGUAAGUAAUCGAGAUUGAAGCUUCGCAGUAUUUCUUCUAUAUUCUUCUAUAUUAUAUUUUCUAUUUUAUCUAUUUCUUCUAUAUUUUAUUUUAAACAAACACCCCUCACCCUCACCCUCUGAAGCUCAAAUGUCGUUGCGCCUAAAUGUCGCGCGCCCAAGUGGCGUGCGCCCAAGUGGCGUGCGCCCAAGUGGCGUGCGCCCAAGUGGCGUGCGCCCAAGUGGCGUGCGCCCAAGUGGCGUGCGCCCAAGUGNCGCCCAAGUGGCGUGCGCCCAAGUGGCGUGCGCCCAAGUGGCGUGCGCCCAAGUGGCGUGCGCCCAAGUGGCGUGCGCCCAAGUGGCGUGCGCCCAAGUGGCGUGCGCCCAAGUGGCGUGCGCCCAAGUGGCGUGCGCCCAAAUGUCGGUGCGCCUAAAUGCCGCGCACCCAAAUGUCGUUGCGCCUAA